GAGCCGUGCUGGGCUGGCUGCAGAAAGGGCUGCCCUUCAUCCUCAUCCUCCUGGCCAAAGUGUGUUUCCAGCACAAGCUCGGAAUUGCUGUGUGCAUUGGCAUGGCCAGCACCUUUGCCUACGCCAACUCCACGCUCCGAGAGCAGGUGGCUCUGAAGGAGAAGAGAUCAGUGCUGGUUGUCUUCUGGAUCCUGGCCUUUCUCACUGGAAACACCCUGUACUUGCUUUACACAUUCAGCUCUCAGCAGCUUUACAACAGCCUAAUAUUCCUGAAACCCAACCUGGACAGGCUGGACUUCUUCAACCUCAUGUGGAUCGUGGGCAUUGCAGACUUUGUGCUGAAGUUCCUCACCAUUGCCCUGAAAUGCCUGGUGCUGGCCCUGCCCAAGGUCAUCCUCGCUGUCAAGUCAAAGGGCAAGUUCUACCUGGUGAUUGAGGAGCUGAGCCAGCUGUUCCGCUCGCUGGUGCCCAUCCAGGUGUGGUACAAAUACAUCGUGGGAGAUGACCCCUCCGGCAGCUACUUCCUGGGGGGCAUCCUCGUCAUCAUGUACAGCCUCUGCAAGUCUUUUGACAUCUGUGGCCGCGUGGGAAGUGUCAGGAAGGCACUGAAGGUCCUUUGCACCCCCCAGACCUAUGGAGUCCGUGCCACGAGCCAGCAGUGCAGUGAGGCAGGAGACAUCUGUGCCAUUUGCCAGGCUGAGUUCAGGGAGCCUCUGAUCCUCCUGUGCCAGCACGUGUUCUGCGAGGAGUGCCUGUGUCUGUGGUUCGACCGCGAGAAGACGUGUCCCCUGUGCCGCUCGGUCACCGUGGACACCCUGCGCUGCUGGAAGGACGGCGCCACCUCUGCCCACUUCCAGGUGUACUGAGCGCCAGCAGCUCAGCCAGCAGCUGGAGCAGCCCAGGAUCCCUGCUGGGCUCAGUCCUUCUCCCAGCUCUGAGCCAGUGCCACCUCUGCCCACUUCCAGGUGUACUGAGCGCCAGCAGCUCAGCCAGCAGCUGGAGCAGCCCAGGAUCCCUGCUGGGCUCAGUCCUUCUCCCAGCUCUGAGCCAGUGCCACCUCUGCCCACUUCCAGGUGUACUGAGCGCCAGCAGCUCAGCCAGCAGCUGGAGCAGCCCAGGAUCCCUGCUGGGCUCAGUCCUUCUCCCAGCUCUGAGCCAGUGCCACCUCUGCCCACUUCCAGGUGUACUGAGCGCCAGCAGCUCAGCCAGCAGCUGGAGCAGCCCAGGAUCCCUGCUGGGCUCAGUCCUUCUCCCAGCUCUGAGCCAGUGCCACCUCUGCCCACUUCCAGGUGUACUGAGCGCCAGCAGCUCAGCCAGCAGCUGGAGCAGCCCAGGAUCCCUGCUGGGCUCAGUCCUUCUCCCAGCUCUGAGCCAGUGCCACCUCUGCCCACUUCCAGGUGUACUGAGCGCCAGCAGCUCAGCCAGCAGCUGGAGCAGCCCAGGAUCCCUGCUGGGCUCAGUCCUUCUCCCAGCUCUGAGCCAGUGCCACCUCUGCCCACUUCCAGGUGUACUGAGCGCCAGCAGCUCAGCCAGCAGCUGGAGCAGCCCAGGAUCCCUGCUGGGCUCAGUCCUUCUCCCAGCUCUGAGCCAGUGCCACCUCUGCCCACUUCCAGGUGUACUGAGCGCCAGCAGCUCAGCCAGCAGCUGGAGCAGCCCAGGAUCCCUGCUGGGCUCAGUCCUUCUCCCAGCUCUGAGCCAGUGCCACCUCUGCCCACUUCCAGGUGUACUGAGCGCCAGCAGCUCAGCCAGCAGCUGGAGCAGCCCAGGAUCCCUGCUGGGCUCAGUCCUUCUCCCAGCUCUGAGCCAGUGCCACCUCUGCCCACUUCCAGGUGUACUGAGCGCCAGCAGCUCAGCCAGCAGCUGGAGCAGCCCAGGAUCCCUGCUGGGCUCAGUCCUUCUCCCAGCUCUGAGCCAGUGCCACCUCUGCCCACUUCCAGGUGUACUGAGCGCCAGCAGCUCAGCCAGCAGCUGGAGCAGCCCAGGAUCCCUGCUGGGCUCAGUCCUUCUCCCAGCUCUGAGCCAGCAGAGCAAUGGUCACCGGGCAGAACUUCACCCUGGAAGGCGGCGGGGGGGUGUGGGAUGGGAUGUGGCAAACCCCAGGGUGUUCCUGGAGCUUGCAGGGUUAUGAAGUGUCUGGGAUGUUUCAGCAGGGACAGGGCAGGGGGGCUGGGAGUGCAUGUGCUGAACGAAGCUGUGCUCGGGCUGAGGAGCUGCCAGUGACCUGGCCCUACAUUCCCUGAAUCCAUGACUUUACAGAAUUACACAGCCCCUCUCUCUGAGAACUCUUCCCAAGCAGUGCUGCAGAACCUCGUGUCCAAAGUUGCAGCAGGAGAAAUGUCAUUGCCCAGCUGCUGUUUUUCCAGUUGAUUCCACAAAUGGCACGGGCUGUCACCUUAAGAAAAUCCCAGGGAUUUUGGGAAGGACCCUGCCACUGAAGCUGGAAAUGAAAUUUCCUUUCCCUGGAAGUGUUUUUCCUCUUUAAUUUUCAUGAUGGGACUUUCUCAUUUCCCAGUCUCUGAGGAGAGCAGAGAGAGGUUAAAGUUGAGUUGGGUUUGUUUGGGUGGAAAUCCAGCACCUGCCCAAGAGCACCUCACAAACUCUGCGUCUCUGCCAGGACCUGGCUGGGUCUGAGCAGGGAAAACCAGAGCCCUGAGCUUCAGCAGGAGCUGCUGAGGAAGGAGAUCCCUGGCAGGAAUUACCAGGAAUUAGCCCCAUCCCUGUGGCUGAGGUCUCUGCUGAGGUUCUCAGAGGGAGCUGCUGUUUGUUCUGGAGCUUUCCCUGUCCCCAAACCACCUCAGCUCCCACCCUGUCGGGAAGAGCAGCAUCUUCCCAGCUCAUUGCCAUGGAAAUGGCCCAAGGUGACAGCCCCACCCCAGCCAUCGGCAGGAGGAGCUCCUCGGGGAAGGAGGCUGAGUCUGUGCUGAUGGAAACUCCACAGGGGAGGAAUUAAAGCAAACGGGAGCUGAUGAACAGGAUUAAAAUAACAGUUCAGUGUGGCUGGGGAGGAAUGGGGAGAGGCCAAACCUGGCUCAGGAGGUCCAGGGAAGCAGAGGAGGAAAAGCUUUGCUUUCCAAAACGAAGUGAUGUCAAAUUCUUGUCUAAUGGAUCCUGUGAAAGUGCAGAACUAAGCCAUGGAAUCUCAUUGCUCUCUAAAAUGGGAGCAGCUUCCCUGUCUUUGGGAUGGAAGAGUUCAGAAUGGCAGGGAGCAAGGUUUUCAUUGGGCAUAAAAAAUAUUACGUGUGGUAGCCUGGAAUAUUUAGCAGGAAAAGGGGAAACCAGUGAUUCCAUGGGCAGGGAAGGCCUGGGUGUCACUGCAGUGCCAGUGAACACAAGGCUUGGUGCUUCUGCUUUCAAACAGUUUGAAAAGCUACUUCUCAUUCUAAUCUUUUUUCCCUAAAUGCUCCUGGAAAAUGUGUUUGGAGAAGUGUAAGAAAAGCUCAGUAGGAGCCCAGCUCCACAGAAAGUGUGGGAUACACUGCUUCAAAUUUUGGUUUUUAUUUGGUGGUAAGGCAGGAAAUCAAAGGGAAAGUGUGGGUGUGUAUUCUUAAAGUUUUGGGGUUUUUUUUUGGAAGGAUGGUCCUACUUCUCCUAGAACAUGACACUUGGACCAGAAAACAUCCAGGGGAAACUUCAGUUGCAAUGACAGCUGCUGGGAACCUGUUGGUUUCCAUGGGAAAACAGGGAAGGCUGUGGAAUGAAAUUCCUCUGAGAGAGGAAAUAAAAC